AUGGCAAACCAAAUCAAGUCCCCUGUUGUUGAUGCGACAGGCAAGACACGAUUGCGGGAAUCUCUAGAAAGGGCCAAAAGAGGUGAAGGCCCGAGCGUCGGUCAAUGGCUUGAGUUCCCCGGAUACUCCCUGGCGAGGACAGUAGCGCCCUUGGGAGAGGAUGAACAAGCGGAAGCUGUUGUUCGGGCAUGCAAGUACCGUUCAGCUCGAUGGCCUCAGGGUCUUCGCGGAGCCGGUGCCAUGUUCGCGCACUCCGCAUUCAAUCAAACCGGUCGAGAUUACUUACUCAGCGCUAACGAUAACGUGAUGGUCUGCGUGCAAAUAGAGAGCCAGAAGGCUGUGGAUAAUGUGGAGGAGAUUGCUGCAGUAGAUGGGGUCGACAUGCUGUUCAUCGGGCCUAACGAUCUCGCGGCCUCAAUGGGCCAUGUGGCAUUUGAUCAUGCUUCAAUCCCCGAGGUCCAGGAAGCAAUUGCUCGUGUUCUGAAGGCUGGGCUUGACGCCGGGAAGUACGUUGGGCACUUCGCGCUCAGUGCCGACGUUGCGGCGGCCAAGUAUAAACAAGGGUUCCACUUCGUGAACUGCGGAGCGGACAUCGUUGCCAUCGCCGCAUGGAUGUCUAUUGAGAUGGAAAAGCUGAAGAGCCUGGUUUCUACAAAGGCCGACGAGGAGAAGCCGAAGGAGGUGAAUGGCACCAACGGAGAUUUGGAUACAACGGAAGACCCUAAAACGGCCACCGAGUACAAUUAA